UCCUCAUAUUUUCUACUUGUACCUCAAAACCCUAAUCAUACUCGACCGCUUGCUGCCUUAGGGUUUAUGAGAUCCCUCACCCAAGCAACGCCCCGUUUUUCAUACAGCUAUGACAUUUUACUUCUUUCUCUCUUCCACUCCUCCUCCAUUCUCCACAACCUUACAUAAUUUUACCUCUGGAGAUGGUAGGCUUUGUCCCCGAACCUUCCACUGAAGAGGGCCCAAAUCAAGUUUCAAAACUCAAAAUCUACAAAGACCCUAUUGACUUUCUUGACCCCAAAAUCCACGAUUUAUCCUUUGCCGAUUCCUUUCUUGAUUUUGACUCUAUAAAAGAGUGGUUUGAAGAUAACCCAAAUUUAGAUAGGACUGGUUCAGAAGAGAUUAACUUUGGGGAUAUUGAGAAGAGGAUGGAGAUUGUUAAAGAAGACAACUUUGGGAAAUCCCAUGUUAGUGGGUCUGGGCCUAAUGUUGAUGGGUUAAAGCCAAUUGUUUGUGGGUCUGAGCUGGUUGGAGGUGAGUCUGGUUGUACAGUGAAGGUGGAAGAAGAGGAGUCAAAACCAGAAGGGAAGUUGAGUUCUUCUAUUGAGGAAGAGAUGGGGAAGGUUAGUUUGGUUGGUAAAUUAGAGAGUGGGAGUAGUAGUAGUUCACAGGAGUCUGAGAGUGAAAGUUCAUCGUCGUCAUCAUCUUCUAGUAGCAGCAGUAAUGAUGAUGAUGAGGAGGAGAAGAAUAAAGAAAAUUUGGAGGUGGAGAUUAAAAGAGAGGUGGAUGGGGUAGGUGAGCUUGAAGAAGGUGAGAUAGGAGGUAUUGAUCGAGAAAUGGCUGUUGGUGGAACUGAUAAUCUUGAUGAUGAUGAAGAGGAGGAGGAGGAAACAGAGGAAAUCCUCAGUGGGUUUGGUAUUGAAUUUGAUGAGGUAGAUGAUGAGGAUGCUGAUGCUGGUGCUAUGAGAGGACCUAUCAGGUCAAAGAAUGAACUUGAGGUUCUCCCUCCAGUUCCACCACUGGAGGUCACACUGCAACCCCAUCACAAGAUGCUGCCUGUUGGAGUUGUUUUGUCGAUUAUUGGUACCAAAGUUAUUGUUGAAGGAAGAGAGCAGCACAACCCUCUGAAUGAAGGUUCUAUUCUUUGGAUAACCAUAAACAGGUCACCACUGGGGUUGGUGGAUGAAAUCUUUGGACCUGUAAUAAACCCCUUCUAUGUUGUACGAUAUAAUUUGGAAAGUGAAGUCCCUGCUGGGAUCCAUGAAGGCACUUUGAUCUCUUUUGUCCCAGAAUUUGCUAAUCAUGUUCUCAAUGACAAGAAUCUUCACAAGAAAGGGUAUGAUGCAUCUGGUGAGAAUGAUGAAGAGUUGUCAGAUGAUACUGAGUUUUCAGAUGAUGAAAGAGAGGCUGAGUACAAGAGGAUGCAGAAAAUGACAAAGAGAGGCAUGAAUGACCGGAGAGUGGGAAACCGGAAAUGCAAUAAAAAGAAAGUUAAAAGUAGGGAUGGAGCUUGGAAAAAUGGUAGAAAUUCAGCCCAGCAGACACCAACACUUGUGGGUCAGCUUCCACCUAAUCAGAGCCAACAUAAAUUUUCCUCAAUUUCAGCAUCUUUGGAUAAUCAUAAUUGUUCAUCCUCUGUCAUAGAAAAACAAAAUUUUGUUGGUGGAUCUGGCUUUGUUUCACCAUUUUCAGUCAUGUCACAGUCUUGUGGUUUUAUUACACCUUCAAAUGGAGUUUGGACUAAUGGGAUGCCGGGCCAUCAGCCACAAAAUGCUAUUUUUCCCAACAGGUUUCCUGCAGAAGGUAUGCCUUUACUCUCACAGAAUUAUCAACAGCAGCCUAAUCCUUUGCCAACCUCAGGAAUGCCUAUGCCACCCAUGAUGCCAUAUCAGCAGCAGCAGUUUGAUCCUAGUAUGAGCACACUUCCAAAUGUGGUCUUACCUGGUGGCCAGGCAAAUUUAUUUGCUGGACCAGCCUGUGCACCUUGGUUGGGGAUUGCAGGUCAACAUGGCUUUAGCCAAAUCACAUUUGGGGUUGGCAUGCAGGGCCAGCAACUCCUAAGUGCAGUACAAGGUAUGUUGGCAAAAGGACCAACGGCAGAUGGGGACCGUAAUUUACAACAAUUUGUCGCAGGGAGCUUUGAAACAUCCCAGGAUUUUAACAUGGGUGCAUCAUCUAGUCGUGGGAAAAAACCAUAUCAUAGAGGUCGUGGUCGUUUUACUGGCGGAAGAGAUCGUUAAUGAGAUUGAGUGGGAGACGCUGGCCUUAGAGAUUUGCUUGAAUUUUGGUGUAUUUGUUGUUGAAUGUUUGCUAUUUAAGUUGAGGCAAUAUAGGCGAUGUAAGUUAGCAACGAGCAUUGCAUGUUUGUGAUGAUUAAUGAUCAGACUCUUUCAAGUUUCAACGUAA